AUGACAAGCCUCUCCAGGAGUACAGAUGACCAAAGAAACAUUGGUGAGAGUCCAUCUCACAUACCUGAGAACCCCAGGUACCGCAGCUGGGGCAGCAUCCGCUUCUCGAGAUGGAGAAGUGGCUCCCAGAGGGCGAGCCCUCCUGGUACCCCCUCCUCGAAGUCAGAGAAGAAGGCGGAUGUGACCAAGACGCUCUUCUCCUUGGUUCAGACUCACAAUGACGACUACACAGCAGAUCCAGAAGGCCUGCUGGAAACCAAGGAGGAGGGCAGGGAGGGCGAGGAGGGCGAGGAGGGCAAAGAAGGCGAGGAUGUUGGGCCCGCAGAAGACGAGUCCAACUAUUUCCAGAAGCAGUUUGGGUCAAUGCUGCAGCCCGGGGUCAACAAGUUCUCCCUGCGCAUGUUCGGCAGCCACAAGGGUGUUGCAGCUGAGCAGGCAAGGGUCAGGAGCUUCGGAGUGUGGAUCAUCCAUCCCUACAGUGACUUCAGGUUUUACUGGGACCUCGUGAUGCUGCUGUUGAUGAUGAGCAAUCUGGUCAUCUUGCCGUGGGGAAUCACCUUCUUUGAAGACCAGAACACCAUGCCCUGGAUCACCUUCAAUGUCCUGUCUGACACUCUCUUCCUCAUGGACCUGGUUUUCAAUUUCCGUACGGGCAUCCCGGUAGAGGACAGUCACAUCACCCUGGACCCCAAAGAGAUCCGCAUUCAUUACCUGCGCACCUGGUUCAUGGUGGACUUCAUCUCCUCCAUCCCUGUUGACUACAUAUUCCUUGUUGUUGACCUGGAGUCCCUGCAGGAGUCGUCUGAUGUGUACCGCACCGCCCGCGCCCUCCGCAUUGUGCGCUUCACCAAGAUCCUCAGUCUGCUGCGUCUCCUCAGACUGUCUCGCCUCAUCCGCUACAUUCACCAGUGGGAGGAGAUUUUCCACAUGACUUAUGACCUGGCCAGUGCUGCGGUGCGAAUAGUCAACUUGAUAGGCAUGAUGCUGCUGUUGUGCCACUGGGAUGGCUGCCUGACCUUCAUGGUGCCGAUGCUGCAAGACUUCCCCCCAGACUGCUGGGUAUCCAAGAAUGACAUGGUGAAUUCUACAUGGCACCUACAAUACUCCUAUGCCCUGUUUAUGGCCAUGAGUCACAUGCUGUGUAUAGGAUACGGGGCGCACGCCCCAGAAGGCUUGACUGACGUUUGGCUCACCAUGAUCAGCAUGGUGGUGGGGGCCACCUGCUACGCCAUGUUCCUGGGUCAUGCAACUACCCUGGUCCAGUCAUUGGAUGCAUCACAUCGCCAAUACCAAGAGAAGUAUAAGCAGGUGGAGCAGUACAUGUCCUUCCAUAAACUGCCCGCGGACGUAAGACAGAGGAUCCAUGAUUAUUACGAGCAGCGAUUCCAAGGCAAGAUGUUCGAUGAGAACAGUAUCUUUGGAGAGCUCAGUGAUCCGCUGAAGGAGGAGAUUGUCAGCUAUAACUGCCGCGGGCUUGUAGCCAACAUGCCACUGUUCGCCAACACUGACCCUCAUUUUGUGACAGUGAUCCUGACCAAGCUGCGUUUCGAAGUCUUCCAACCUGCAGACUUGAUCAUAAGAGAAGGAACGCUGGGUCGUAAAAUGUACUUCAUCCAGCACGGCAGCGUCACUGUCAUACCACGUGGCAGUAGGGAGAUUACGCUCAACGAUGGAGCAUAUUUUGGAGAGAUCUGCCUUCUGACCCAAGGACGACGCACAGCCACUGUGAAGGCGGAAACAUACUGUCGCCUUUACUCGCUGAGUGUGGACAGUUUCAACGAAGUCCUGGAGGAGCAUCCUCUGAUGAGGAGGGCGUUUGAGAGCGUGGCUGUGGACCGCCUGGACCGAGUGGCUCGCAAACUCGGUGUUGAGCCACCUUCAGAUGAAUUACUUACUCAGUACCAAGAGAGAGAAACUCCUGCCUGAAAUGUGGAGGAUAUUUGUCUCGCUUUGACUGAACUUGACCACGAUACAAAGAAAUCUUUGAUGUACAUUGUAACAUUUGCUAUUUCAUUAAUGCUGACUGACAGAGACUCUUGUUUUUAUUUAUUAACACAUUAAUGCUGCACUUUGAUGAAACUGUUGCUCCUUCAGAUGAUUUCAAUUUGUUUAUUGGAUCUUAAGUCGUUAGCUGAAAUCAUAAUUUAAGAUAAGAUAAGAUGUACUUUAUUAAUCCCAAUUUGGGAAUUUUUCUUUGUUGCAGCAG